AUGGCUAAGAUCCUACAGGUAUGCAAAUUGAUUAUUUGGGAUGUAUGCACAAUGGCCCAUAAGAGGUCACUGGAGGCGCUGGACAGAACGUUGAAAGAUCUUUGUGAUUUUCGUCAGACUCUUCCAGUCAUUCCCCGAUCAACUGUUGCUGAUGAACUAAACGCAUGGCUGAAAUCAUCAAAUUUGUGGCGGUUUGUUAAUACACUCCAAUUAACAACUAACAUGCGAGUAUUUUUGCAACAAGAUGAAACUGMAAAUGUGUUUUCGAAACAGUUGUCAGACAUUGGAAAUAAUAAAGUCGACACCUCGACCGGAUUAAUCACAUUACCCACAGAUUUCUGUCAUAUCACAGACUCCAAAGAAGAGCUUAUUCAGCAUGUUUUCCCAGAUAUAGCGCAACAGUUCAAUAACCAUAAUUGGCUAGGUAAACGAGCUAUAUUAGCGGCAAAAAAUAAAAAUGUCGAUGCUUUCAAUGCAACCAUUCAGAAUUUUUUACCGUGA